CAUAAAUGCAUAUACUAUAUAGGGUUUUGGAUCAAAUUUGUCUAUUCCUAGAAUGUGGGACUCAAUCCUAGCUAUUAAAUAAGAAACGAGGUGUCUGGUAAAGAUUUAAGGUUUUUAUUUUUUUAAUUAGUUAAAUAUUGAUUUGACCGUUGACCGUAGUUUGUGCCCUCGUUGUCCUGUGUCCGCCCCUGUGGUCGACCAAAGAUUCCUGGGUCCGAACUGAACUGAUCAAACUUUAAAAAUCCCGUCUGUGUUUCAUUAGCGACUAAACCAGUCUCGCUUGAAUAUGUAUAAGAAUGGUUGACAAAAAGAAAGGAGCUUGCUUGAUGCUUUAUCCACACAAUUUAUUCAUGCUUGCAGCUUAUCCAAACUGGCUUGACAGGAUCAACAGAAGAUCUAAAAUUAUAUCUUCAUUAUUAAGGGAUCUGCAAAGUUAUGAUGAAAUAAGUGAACCUCCAGAUGAUGUUUGUGGUGAAAGCAACGCCUUUAGUGAACCACCAAACACUGUUGUUAGCCCCGAAUUCGACGUGACAAGUGAUUCGGAAAAUCUGAUCGAUGAGCUACCCGACGACAUUCUCAUUUCCAUUCUCUCUCGGUUGAGUUUGAAACAAGCUGCAGUAACCACCAUAUUGUCUCGUAGGUGGGUUAAACUAUGGACACUCACCCGCAGAUUGGUUUUUGAAGGCCCAAAAAAGUUCAAGAACGUAAAUUCUGAAUCCGUUGAGGCCAAAAGGCAAAAUUUCAUUAGUUGGGUCAACAACACACUCCUAUCACAUCAGGGGACGACUUUGGACGAGUUCACCGUAUGUUUUGACCUCGACGGCGGAACUUGCGUGCCCGAUAUCGACAGGUGGAUCAUAUUUGCUCUUGAAAAGAGGUCACGAUGCCUUUGCUUGGAAUUUGAUAUUUUGUCAAGCAAAUACACCCUCACGACUAGGUUUCUUACCAGUCAAGCCAUUUGUUUCCUUGAAGUUGUCCGAUUGAGCUCACUGCAGGUGAGUGAGGAAGCCGUGGAGCACAUUCUAUCCGCUUGCCCCUUGCUUCGGCUUCUUAGAUUGGAGGAUUCGGAAUCCCUUGCGCGGCUUCGGAUUUCGAGCCCUGUUCCCAAUCUUAAAAUAUUGGAAAUAAUGGAGUGCCCGUUGGAAUACAUAGAAAUUUCUUCAGCCACUAGUCUUUUGUCCUUUUCGUACAGCGGUCAGAGGCCAAAGGGAACUAUUACAAACGUCCCGAAUCUCGUGGAGGCUUCCAUUGGGGGAGAUUGUGCGGAAUUUGUUGUUGACAACAGCUGCCACUUUUCGGGCUUCCUCUCGGGAAUGGAGACCCUUGAGCUCGACUUGGAAUUCAAGAGAUUUAAAAGUUUCCCAGAGUUACCGAGCAUGAAGAAUCUCAAGCGCUUGGAGCUGCACUUGUGUGGAUAUUUUGUUGAGAGCCUUCUCUUUUGUGCGGAUAUAUUGGAGACUUCUUGUUUAUUGCAGAGACUCACGUUAAAGGUUUCAUGGCCGUCUCAUUAUGAGGUAUAUAAAAGGGAGCGUGUGGAGGAGAUGGAGGCAGAACCAGAGCACGAGCAUCUCAAGGUAAUCGAGUUUGUUGGAUUUCAGGGCGGUGUUGUUGAAGUUGAGCUCUUAUUGUGUUUAAUGGAUAGAGCCGUUUCUCUCAAGAGCUUGAUAAUCCAUCCUUCAUUCAACCUUUGUUACACCAGAAUCCACUGCGAUAAAGCAACUGCUGUUGCAAAGCAGCUCAAAACAAGGUUGCCUCCCGGUGCAGAACUGGUGAUCCUUGAUGUAGAAUCUUAAUUUUAUUUAAGCAUAUUUUAUGCUUUACUGAAAAUUGUUUAAAAUUAACGUAGUCUAUUUUUAACUUUAUUUAGAUAAUAAUGAGGGUAGGAUACGGAAACUGGUUUUAUUUAUUUAUUUAUUAAUUAUUAUUUUCGCGACUUUCAUUUGUACGUCUUCGUUAUUUUAAAGAUUAAUUUCAAUUGUUG